GUCUGGGGCGACAUCAAGUGCUAAAGACGUCGAGGCAACAGCCUUAAAAUCACUCGACACGGAUCAGUUCUCUGUUAGAUCUGCAAGUGAAUGGACCGAAAGCACUAUAAGGUACACACUGCUGAGCAAAUUCACACAGCUUUCAAGUUGAAGCAAGAGACUAAAAAAAUUAAAAAGGUUUUUAGAUAAAUAAAUUAAGUGAAGAAAGAUGAAAAGUAAAGUGCAUUCGCCGUUGAUUGGUACAAGCAUAACAGUGAAUAAUGAGUCCGAAAUUAACAAUAACAACACAGAUUCCCGAUUUAAAUUAACCUCUCGUCGCAACAUCAUUUUUAUAUCAAUUGGCCUCAUGUUUAUUAUCGCUGGCAUUGUCUCGAGUAAGAUUUCCGCGCGAAAUGUAGCAUUGGAUGAAAAACUGCGCAUGAGGACAUUUCUGCCUCCUUAUCUCUGGUGGAAACAUCCUCAGCCGAUUGUGCGAUUGCGAAUGUUCAUCUUCGAGGUGAUCAAUCAUGAGGAAUUUCUGAGGGGCGACGAAGUGUUACGGAUGCGACAAGUGGGCCCCAUUGUCUAUCGGGAACACGUUACUCACGAGAAUAUCACGUUCCACCCCGAAAACGACACAAUGACGUUCACGGCGGUGCGUUCGGUGGAGUUCCUGGAGGAGGAAAAUGAGCCCGGAAUCCUCAAUCGAACGAUCAUCGUCCCGAAUCUCGCCGUUCUGGCAAUGGCUUCUCGGCUGAGCGACUCGGCCUUCUUCAUGAAGAUCGGCUACAACAUGAUCCUGCGCAGAUCGGGCGACACCGUCUUCCAGAACACCACCGUCUACAAGUACUUGUGGGACAUGGACGGAAACCUCAUGCGACUCGGCGAGAAGCUGGUGCCCUUCAUGGUUCCCGUGGACAACUACGGAGUCCUGCACAAUCUCUACAAGUCCUUCGCGGAUCGACAGAACGUGAAGAUCGGCACCGCGCACGGCCACGAGCACUUCUUCGAGAUGAACCUGUACAACGACCGGCCCACGGUUCCCGGAUUCCGGCCCGAGCGCGGAGAGUGCUUCGCCUCGAUCGAGAACUCCACGGAGGGACUCUUCUACCCGCAGCGCCUCACGGACGAGUCCGUGCUCAAGUACUGGCGCAAGAGCAUCUGCCGGCCCAGCUUCCUCACCUACGCGGGAGACGAGACGGUGAGCGGCGUGCCCGGGAAGAGAUACGUCCUGCCGGACGACACCUACGAUCGCACGCGCCCCCUCGAGGAGGACUGCUAUCGCGGCGACAACGGCGACGAGUAUCCGGACGGCCUGAGCGACGCGUCCAAGUGCUACCACGGCUUCCCCAUCGUCAUCUCGAAGCCACACUUCCUCAAUCGCACCGGCGAGUGGGUGCGGAGACUCGAGGGCAUGCAGCCCAACGAGGAGGAGCACGGCAGCUUCGUUGUGGCUGAGCCACUCACGGGCGUUCCUCUGAAGGAGUGCGCGAGAUCUCAAAGCAACAUUUAUGUUAGUAAACUUUCUGGCUUCUCAAAUGAAGAUCUUCAAAAGUUUAGCGGAAUGGUGAUUCCUAUGCUUUGGAUGGAAUAUUGCAUGAUGGAGUUAACACCCCUUAUCAACGUGGCCUUGUCGUUCCUCGUUGUUUACCUGGAACCACUCCAGUAUGUUGGCUCGAUGGUUUCUCUAGCACUCGGUUCUAUCGCCCUCCUCCUAGUGGCCGCAGAUUACUAUAGGGACAAAAAGUACAAAAUCAUCAGCUCAGACAGCAAAUACAUUUGAAGCUCUGCAAUUAAAAGUCCAUUCCGAUUUGAUGAAACAAUGCCAGGCAAUGAUGAUUAGCAAAGAUCAAUUUUUUCGCGGGGAUUUACUCACGUCAGGGCGGAUCGACAAAAAAUUUAUACAUACAAUAUAAAUAAUGUUGAACUACUAUGAAAAAUUAUUGCUCCAUCCUAAUAACAAAUCUUCAUCACAGCAUGAAUGUUUCUUUUUCACGUCUCGCCUCAACAGAAACAAAGUAAAACAAGUGAUCAGUCUCUACGACAUUAGGUCUGUUGUGCAAUUUGGCAAAAGAAGUCUGUGAGCAGAGAUACCAUUUGUGUUUUGUUUUAAUAUAAUAAUUAUUAUUAUUAAUUGAAUUUCGCCGCUCCAAUAUAAUAUAUCUCAACUAUUGAUCGCUCGCGUGGACUUUUUUCCCCACGAGCAUUGGGAGGCAGGGUCAAAAAAGCUAUAUGUAAGCUCUGAUGCUGAGGUGAAGGCUUGUUUACCACCGAAAGUAGCAACACGUGUAACAUCGCGUCGUGAUGGAGUGUCAUAUAAAAUGUGUGCGCUAAAGUCUUCGUGUUUGACGGACUGCGGGCAAUGACGGUAGGAUUUUUUUGCUCGACAAACAUAUUUCUUCUUCUUCACUCUUUCGCCUCAUUUUCAUUUCACUAUCU